UUGUAGCAGUUCUAAAUAGCAUUUUCCCCUUCCUAAUCAGGUGACUGUCUCCAAAUCAAGUAUAUUCUACUAUUCACUUUGGGUAUACAAUGGCUAGAAUUUCCUUCGGGCCAACCUUGAUUUUCUUAAUCUGCUGCUUCAUCAUCUUUUCACAUUCGUUAUCAGUAUUUAUGAAAAAAGAGAAGGCAAACCAGGUUCUGAGGAUUCAGAAACGUGCUAACACUUUUUUGGAGGAGAUUCUCCCAGGAAAUUUGGAGAGAGAAUGCAGAGAGGAACAGUGUUCAUUUGAAGAGGCAAAAGAGAUUUUCAAGUCAAAGGAGAAAACGAUGGAGUUUUGGUUCGAUUACAAAAAUUCCAACCCCUGUAAAGAAAAUACAUGUAACAAUGGUGGCAUAUGUAAGGUCAAACACUAUACAUAUUCCUGUACAUGUCCCCCGAGGUAUGGAGGAAAUCAGUGUGAAAUAGAGAAAUUUGAAUGCUGGUACAAAAAUGGAGAUUGUUGGCAAUAUUGUCAAGAUACCGAACAUUCACGUCGUGUGAUCUGCUCCUGUGAAGCAGGAUAUACGCUAAGUGAAGACGGGAAGGGUUGUACGCCCUCAGAUCGUUUUCCUUGUGGGCUGAUUAAGCGAUCCACACGUUCUUAUGAGCGAGGAAGAGUCAUACAAAGUGAAACGAAUGCUCAUGAGAACAUGACCAACUGGAAUCAGACGUUAAGUUGGGCUUCCUCAGGAUGGUUGAAUCUCACAGCAGAAAUUGAAGAUGACAUGGAAAAGCUAGAAGGAAAUUUCACAGAGGAGGAUUUACUCAGAUGGUCAAAUAUUAACUCCACAGAUGAAGAAAAAACCAGAAUAAUUGGGGGAUCUUUCUGCCGCCCAGGAGCAUGUCCUUGGCAGGUACUGAUUCAAAAUAAUAGAGAUUACGGUUUUUGUGGGGGCAGCUUGAUCAGUAGUCAGUGGGUACUUACUGCAGCACACUGUUUUGACAACAUUAUUCCACACCACGUUACAGUGGGAGACUUUGACAAACAUCAGCGAGAACGAGAUGAACAAAAAGUAAGAGUACGGCGUCACUGGAGACAUCCUCAGUAUAACUCACAGAACUACAACAAUGACAUUGCUUUGGUCCAAUUGACUAGCGAUGUGAUUUUUACCCAGAACGUACUUCCUAUUUGCCUUCCUCGUCCUAGCCUAGCUAAUGUGCUGAUUGAAGGCGUAGCCCAUGGAAUAGUUAGUGGAUGGGGUGCAACUCAUGCUAAGGGUAAGUUAACUCGCUUUCUCAUGAAAGUUAAGUUGCCUAUUGUGAGCAUGGAGACCUGUCGGCAGUCCACCAAGAAGCUCAUUACGGACAACAUGUUUUGUGCUGGCUAUGAUGGGGAAGGACAGGAUGCUUGCAAAGGAGAUAGUGGUGGACCUUUUGCUGUGUCUUAUCACAAUACUUGGUUUCUCUUGGGGAUUGUCAGUUGGGGAGAAGGUUGUGCUGAAGUGGGGAAAUACGGAGCUUAUACUCUAGUACCCAAUUAUAUUUCAUGGAUAAAUGAAGUAAUCGAAACUAAUUCUUGAAGGUUUUUUUUUUUUUGCCUAACCUGCAGUGAAGGCCCAUCUGUAUAAAAUAUUUUUUUGUGUGUUUGGUAAUAUUUAACAACUUGAAUAGCCAGGUCACAUUGCAGGUUUGUUUCCUAUAGCUUCUCUUAACUGAAAUAAACAAUUAAGUUGCCCUUUUCUUUGUAUAGAAACAGAAUUGUUCUAUAAAUCUGCAUCCAAUUCAGAUUUAAGCAUAAGCAACUGGAUAAGUAGAAAUACUGCCUCAGUCCCUCCUUCCCAAAGUGAUUUUUUAAUCCUUGUAAAAGGACUUCAAGGAUACUGACAAAAAUAGAAUCACAGUGUCAUGCCACAAGUUGUUUCUUUCAUGUUUGAACAAGAUCAGGAUAUGUGUUAAAAAGGGUGGGACUUGCAUGGUGAUUCCACAACUCUUUCAUUAUUCUGACCCUACCUUGAAAUCUUUCCCCCUACCGCCACCUCCACAAAUGCCAAGGGGUUGUGUGAUCCUGCAAAAUGCAGUAGGCUAUGGUGGAAAAGGAAGAGCCAAACAUUCAAUUUGUGUUUAUGCAAACAUGCAUAAUUUGAUGACUGACAAACCAUUGUCAUGGAUUCCCAAAAUACGUUUGAACUCUAAAAUAACCAAAGAUGAGAAACCUGCAGCUGCACGACGUGCCAUAUUUAGUUACUGUUACUCUUGAAUACCUUUUUGUGUUGGCCAAAAAACACCCCGCAAAAGCAUACAGCUGCAGAUUUUUAAUUGAUCUGUUGUAUUUAAUUGAUAGUUGUAUCUCUUGAAAUCUGUCCUAUAGAGAUAAAAUGUAAAUACAUAAGGGAUAUUCUUCCACCCACUCCCGAUGCCCGUGAUUAUAGUUCUUCCCCACUCAUUCUCUGAUGAAUAGUAUUUGGAAACAUACUGAAUGUGGAGGGAGUCUCAGGCACAAAAUUGAAUUAUCCUGGAAUGCUGUGCUGUGACUUGCAUUCCAUAAAGUGGAUAGAGAGCCAAGUGAAAGAAAAGAUUAGACAAUUUGAUUUCAUUCCAUUAAUUGAAUUUAAUGAAUGAAUUAUUUAAUGAAUAAAAUAUGGUUCAUCUUAUUACUUUUGGAGCAGUGUGCCUAAGGAUACGCAUUUGUAUGGCUCAUAAUUGCAAGAAUGUCAGUAUUGUAUCCUGCAGCGAGAGGUUAGAACCGUAGUGCCAACAGCAAACCACAAGGAUGGCCAGAAUGACAGGUGCUUGAUGACAUUAGACUUGCAUUUUGGCAUCGGAUGCUCACCAGUCAUGCCAUUUCCAUGACAUUAUUGUCAGGCAGAUUUUGCCACUUGCUCCCCCACGCCCCAAGCUCAUAACACUAUCUACUUGGGGAACUCAGCCCAAGCUGAUCUAUUUGAAUGUAUCUGAACUACAAGAAAAAGCUCUCCCAAUAUGGAAAACAGGUCUACAGAACAUCAUCUUUUACAUGGUUUAAGCAAAUGGUGAGGGGAAAGAUUUCAAGAAAGGAAUGUUUCACAUUCUUCAAAUCAUAUUUCCAAAUAUAGCCAGGAUUGGUUCAGAAUUAGUCAUGGCAUGUAAGCAAAAAUAAGUAAGCUUUUGAGCAUUUUUACAACUGAACAGAUUCGAGACCCUGUGACCCUAAACCUAACGCACCAGACAGCAAAACAGAUUGCAGGAAUUUCAAUGAAUCCACGUAUUCCUAUUGUGCUCCUAAACGUAUUAAUGACUCCAGAUGAAUUAUUUUAAUAAUCGGCAUCAGGCCAUUGCAAGAGGCAGCUUUGUUUGGAACAGCUUGCAUCCUGUGACAAUAUCGCUAACCCCUUCAAGUAUUAAUAGCUGUCAAUCAUUCCAGGUCGUUGAAAAUAAUCUGAUGGAUAAAAUCCAGUCUGAACAUCUGGCUGACUCUAUAGUAGGAAAUGGAAUAUCAUUACUUCCAACUAGUGUUGCUUAAAUGCAUUCCUUCUGUGAUAAGCAUUAAAAUAAAUGAAAAUGCAUUUACAGAAGAGAUAAAAUAGAUUAUAAGGUUCAGAAGAUUCUUAAACCCCAUGACAUAAGCAUAUUAAAUGUUUAAUAUGUUCUUUCUUUCUCUUCAAAAAUGUGAUAUAUUUGUUCUAAAGUUCCGAAGGAAAAAUAUUUUAAAAGAAAAAAUGGCUUAUCAUAGUAUUUGAUUAGUUAACAGAAAUCUAUAUACAAUAUGUAAACAAACACACUUUACCUUUAAUUAUCAAAAUAUAAUGUAAUAAUGCAAGCUCUUGCAUUCUUUGAGGCUUCAGAAUAGUAAAACUUCUAUAUACACAUUCAAUUCACAAAAUAUCACACAAACCCCACCUCAGAAACAGAUUUUAAUGUAUGAGAUUUGCAGCAAUACAAGGUUUUGUCUGUACAAAGGAAACGAGGUCAGGGUUAAAUAAAACCAUAAUGAACAAUGUCCCAGGGUUUAUCACCCUGAAUCUACAUGUAUUACAAUCAGUCGAACCAACAAUUUGAAGAUGCACUUAAAAACCCCAAAGUUUUUUUGUUUUUUGUUUAAAAAUGUAGACAUCUUCUGAGAGUCUAUACAGGAGACCAUCAAAGGUGAUUCUGGGGAAGGUCACAAUGGCAUUUUAUUGCCUUCAAUGCUGAUUUUUACAGCAUGGGAUGUUCUGCUUUUUUUCCUGAUGUCUGUGAACUUCCGCAUCUGUUUGUCCAGGCGACUGACACCUUUCUUCGAACUUGCCUGGAACUUGAAAGAAAACUUUCAUUUAGUACUAGAACAUUCAUCAAUGACAUCUUGAUGUUUAUAAACCACAAAAAUGUACAUAUGCCAUCCCUUGUUGCAGUUGCUACUGUUCAUUACAGCUGGUAACACUGUGAGGGACUCUCAAUAGCUUACUUUCAAAUGUAGUCUAGAGAUGUAUAAGAUGUAUUGUAUGUUACAGAUAUACAAAAAAAGUGCUGCUUUUUAGGGGGGGAAAUUCUGGACACAAUUCUUUACAUGCUGCUGAAGUUCAGAAUCUAGAUCGUGAAUUUAAAAGUCAAGGAUUAGCUCAGCUAUUCAGACCUCAUUCAUGAGAGACGGAUAGGAAACAAGCAUUCCAUACAUCACUGGAGUGUGCAAAAGGGAGAGUUCACAGGAACAUUAAGGACAUUAUAAGGAAUCUAUUAAUGACUCUGAUGUCUUAGGCCAGGUUUAUUUUCUUUUUUUAAUUUAACAUUCAGUCUUGUUUCUAAGCAUUAAAGGUAGAAAGAAAUAUUUAGAAGAUUCUGUGAUAAAUAUACAAUUCUGACACUCAUAAAUGCACUGUUUAACAACUGGCUAAUGACAUAAUUAAUUAUUCUCAAAAUUUAAUGCUAUGUUUCAAAAUGAAGUUCU